GCUUCGUUCGCUACCCGCUCAAUUGACGCUUGUUUUUCUUUUGUUCUAUAAAUUAAAAACCCCUCCAUUUCCAUAUCGAAUACAUUACUAUCUUCUGAGUCUUGUGCAAUUUUCCUCAUAGUAAUCAAGAAAAGUAAUCACUAGAGCUUUUCCUCUUCUCAUAAAGAACAGAGAAAUGGAGUCAUUGAAGAUGAGAGCUUUGGUUGCAAUCACUGUCAUGGUCAUGGCUGCCUCAUCCAUUCAGAAUAACGUUGCAGCUGCUGAUGCACCUGCACCAAGUCCUACUUCUGAUGCUACUUCUUUUGUUCCUGCUGUUUUCGCUUCGUUAACAGCUCUUGUUUUUGGAUUACUUUUCUAG